GAAACUUACCGGCAAGCGGCCACCCAACUCAGUGUUCUUCAUCUGCUUCAGCCGCGAAGUAGCCGUUAGUUUCUCCGUGCAUCAUCAUCAUCCCUGAUCACCGCGUUUAUCAACCACCAUGCCUGUCAAUGCCAAAACAACCAAAUCCAAAUCGGGCAAGAAUAAACGAGCGAAAGAGAUAGACAAUGAAGAAAUUCAGUCGCUGUUGAUCAAGCUGAAGGAAAUAGUUCCAAACAUGCCCAGAAAUCGACGGCUUUCAAAAUUGGAAAUUAUUCAAUACGUAAUCGACUACAUAGUAGACUUACAAAUUGCCUUGGAAAGUCAUCCCCCAGCAUCAAGCAGACCCCUGUCAAAUCCCCAGGCUCCUCGUCAGCCCCUUGGAGUUAUUUCUACAGAAUCAAACUCCGUCAACACCUUUAUUAAUGCAGAAAAACCGGUUUCACCUGUUCCUGACGUGCUGUCGACAUCCCGGUCUGUUUCAUGUUAGAAGCAUAAAGGAUAUAAUAUUCAUAUUUUCGAGACCAAACUGAGAAGUUCCACAUGCAGCUACUAUCUGUUUUGCUAAUGGAACGUCUGGGACGUGCAAUUCCACAUUCUGAAGAAACUUUGAUAUUUUAUACAUAACGUCCUUUUCCUGGAUUGGAACUUGUUUGUUUCCUCCUAUAGAGAAGAUGGCCUUCAGGGACAUUGAUGCAAUGCAAAUUUUGUAUUACGGAAUUGACUUGCUAAAGCUUGGAUGAAUUCCGUACACCAUCUUGAAUUUUGCACAAUGGCACAUGUUGUUGAUUUCAAUCGCAUGCCAUAAUAUAGAUGUUGAAGUCAUAUUGUAAAAGUUGUUCCUUUUCGUUGUUGUGCAUUGGAAUACUUAGGCUGUGAUUCCAUUUUAUUUUAUACUUAAACACUCAUUAUAUUUUGUACUUAAAGAAUUCCUUUUAUCUGUUUGUUCGGCUAUUCCAUCUGCUAAGCAGAAGUGACUGGUGGAGGUUGCUGUACAUAAUAUUUUUCGACAAUGUUCCCAAAAGAAUUUUGGGUGUGUUGUAUAAAUGUAAAAUUUUAUUGAAGAAAUAAAUAAGGAA